AUGGAUAACAACCUAUGGACCCGCCGCACAAACUCAGGCAAGCUUUCUCUUUCGACACCUGGCAAUGGCAGUCCCGCACCGGGCGGUGAUGCCAGCCGUAACGGCUCCUUCGCCAAACGAUUCGGCGGCGAUUCGUCCUCACAUGGCGGCAAAUCAAAUCCCUUCAACAACGUAACGACUCCAGGCGGCGGCAUGGCCUCCCCCACGGCCGGUGCUUCCAACGCCUUCGCCCUGGGAUCUGGCGCCUUUGCCUCCUUCGGAUCGGCCAAGACACCUAAAUCCCCUGGCAAUCCCUUUGACCUUGCUAUGGGCAAGGUCGGUGCCAAACCUAUCGGUGCCGUUUCGUCACACGACCCGUUGGCGAAGGCGCCGUUGAUGGCCUCCAUCGCCGAGAAUGCUGCGGGGAAGAAGGCGGUGGGUUCCCAGCCUACCUCGACCCGGACAUCAUCUGAGACCCUCCGCUCUCACCCGCUCAAGUACGAGUGGGUGACGUGGUGUCGGCCGCCCCAGCCCAAGGGACAGCCGUAUCAGGAGUACGCCAAGUCUCUGACGCCCAUGAUCCACUGUAACACCGUGGAGGAGUUUUGGGUUGGCUACCCGCAUCUCAAGCGACCAUCCGAGUUAUCAGUGGGUUGGGAGUAUCACUUUUUCAAGAGGGGCGUCCGUCCCAUUUGGGAGGAUGAGGAGAACAGAAGUGGUGGCAAGUGGGUGUUGCGCCUGAAGAAGGGUAUUGUCGACCGGUACUGGGAGGACACCGUGUUUGCGCUCCUUGGCGAGGCCUUCCUCGACUGCAGUGACGAAAUUUGUGGAGGCGUGGUGAGCGUCCGCAACGGCGAGGACAUCAUUAGCAUCUGGACGCGCUCGACCGGCGGACGUGUACUCAGAAUUCGUGAGACGUGGAAGAGCUACCUCAAGUGCCCUCCCAACACGAUUUUCGAGUUCAAGUCCCACGACGAGAGCAUCCAGCACAGGGCAGCCAUCGAGGAGUCACGCCGCGAGAAGCAGCAUGACAAGCGAUCCAACGCCCUGAAGCAGUCGAAUGACGAACAGAAGCAGCCCGCCACCUCCUGA